AUGGUUUAUGUAGGUAAUAAUGGUGGGAAAGUUUUCCCUCAGAACUCUAAGCUUGCUAGACAUCAGAGAAUUCUCCCUGCAGAUAAGCCUUAUGAAUGCAAUCAGUGUGGAAAGGCUUUUACAGAGAGCUCCAAUCUUGUUGUACAUCAAAGAAUCCACACUGGAGAGAAACCUUUUAAAUGUAACCAAUGCGGAAAGGCUUUUACACAGAGGGGCAAUCUUGCUUCACAUCAGAGAAUCCACACUGGAGAGAAACCUUAUCAGUGCAAUCAGUGUGGAAAGGCUUUCACACAUAUGGCCACUCUUGCUGCACAUCAGAGAACCCACACUGGAGAGAAACCAUACCAGUGCAAUCAGUGUGAAAAGGCUUUUACUGACAGCUCUGCUUUUGCUGCACAUCAGAGAAUUCACACUGGAGAGAAACCAUAUAAAUGUAAUCAUUGUGGAAAGGCUUUCACACAGCGAAACAAUCUUGCUGUACAUCAGAGAAUCCAUACUGGGGAGAAACCUUACGUGUGUAAACAAUGUGGAAAGGCUUUCACCCAGAGAAACAAUCUUGCCGCACAUCAGAGAAUCCACACAGGAGAGAAACCUUAUCAAUGUAAUCAAUGUGGAAAGGUUUUCAGGCAGAGCUCCAAGCUUCCCGCACAUCAGAGAACUCACACUGGAGAGAAACCUUUUCAGUGUAACCAGUGUGGAAAGGCUUUUACACAGAGGGGCCAUCUUGCUGCACAUGAGAGAAUCCACACUGGGGAAAAGCCUUAUGAAUGUAAACAGUGUGGAAAGGCUUUCACAGACAGUUCUAAACUUUCUACACAUCAGAGAAUCCAUACUGGAGAGAAACCCUAUGAAUGCAAUGAAUGUGGAAAGACUUUCACACAUAGCUCCACACUUACUAAACAUCAAAAAAUCCACACUGGCGAGAAACCUUUUGAAUGCAAUGAAUGUGGAAAGGCUUUUAUACAGAGGGGCAAUCUUGCUAAACAUAAAAGAAUCCACACUGGAGAGAAAUCUUAA